UGUGGAUUAAUUUGUAUACAUUUUCGCCUUCUUGCUCCCAUGUGAAAAAAAAAAAGUCUAAGAUGUGGCCCUGAUACGGUACCAUCCAAGGCCCUGAGUCUGACUAAAUCAAAUUUAUUUUUAAAGUACACUCAUUUCAUUAUAUUUUCAAAAAAAUUAUGAUAUUUUUUUGUUCAAAAGAGAAAUUUAAUUAACCCGUCGUAUACAGCUAAAAAAAUAGUGCUACCGUUAUGUAGAGUACCACUAAUACUUAUGGGCGAGUUCUCGCCAUUGGCGGUUCGUUUUUCAUUUCAAAUGCGGUAGCGCUAUAAAUAUUAAUCGCCUCGUCUUCCAGGCAACCCUUGUCCCUCAACCUAAAACCCUCCCUCUCCGGCGAUCUCCUCCGCCGCCUCCGCCGCCUCCGCCGCAUGGCCUCCGGGAGCCCCCGAGCUCGCAUCGAUCAGUUCUUCGCUUCAAGAAAGCGGAAACCCCCACCGGCGAAGGACGAGAGAUGCGACAAGAACCCUAGAAGCCCCGUCAAUGGGUCCCCGGGCGCCAAGGGAACCCUAGAUGGCUACUUGGUGAGAUCUCCCGAUCCCGCGCCGCGCCCGGGGCACCGAGAUGCCGCUGCAGCGAGGCGUGAACCAGCGAGAAGGAAUCUGUCGGCCGAGAUAGGUUCGGUUGGUUCUGAUGCGGUCCCAAGAUCACGCUCUUCCGAGAAUGGUGCGCCUACGAAUGUUGAAGACCCAUCUGGUGGCGUUAGUGUCGAAGGCGGUGGGAGUUCGGAGCUCAAGAGGUUCGCGGCGGAUUUCUUGUCUCUUUAUUGCAGUGACAUACCUUCCGCUGUUAAUCCUCCUGCGGAGAAUGAAUCAAAGGGACUAAAGAGAAAUGGAAGCCCUUCUCUUGUCCUCUCAAGUGAUAAAAUUCGUGCAAAGAAGCAGUGUGCCGUAAAUCAGAAUGAUCCACAUGCAGAGAUUGAGCUGAAUACGAAGCUUGGGGAUGGAGUACUCGUGAGCUCUACAGGGAAUAAUAAAAAUACUAAUAAUGUAAACAAAGGAUUGGGUGGUGAGUCCGAGAAGGAAAGUGGUGUUGGACAUGUGAGCUUGAGAAGAUGUAAUAAUACCCCAAAAUCUAGCUUGAUGAAGACUGGGCUUUGCAUGCCUGUUUAUAAUGAGACCCCAAAAUCUGCAUUUAGGAACUCUAUAAUCUCGCCGGGAGAGGAGUUUUGGAAUGCGGCAAUCCAAGUUGUUGAUGGCAUAUUUGCUCCAGAUGAUAAAUUUGGCAUUAAGUUAUUGGAAGAUAAUUCAUCUGUUGCAGCUGCUGCUCACUGUUCUAAAAGUUUUUAUAAGUCUAGAAAUGAUGAUUUAGAGGGCCGAAACAUGGUGGCUACUGAUUGUGUGAAGCCAAUUGACGAACCUGCUGAAGAAACUAAAGUAAGCCAGCACAAAAAUGCCUCCCCUUUGCCAGUAAAGCAGCUAGACUUCUCUCAGGACGGGGAAAAUUCAAGAAAUCGAGAUCUCAAAAAAGAUGAAGGAGGCACAAGAGCUGUAAAUCCCAAAGAUAACAUAAAAAGAAUUAAGUUUGAUGGAAAACCAAGUGCUUCUUCAAGUGACUCAGUCCUGGAUUCUUGCGAGUCAGUAUCUUUAUUUGAGAUUUCACAUCAACCAGAAAACGCUCCUGUUUUGGCUGUAUGUGAAGAGAAAAAAGUUUUAACAACUCAAAGGAAUAUUAAUGGAAAUAAAGGUGGAUUGGUUACUCUGGGAAAUGACAGUAACUUCAAAACUAACAACGGAAACUUAUGUGUUGGUCCACUGAAUUGUGUUGCUGACGAACAUAAUAUUGGGGAAAAAGUUCAGAUAAGACCACUUUCUCAAGGACAGGAAGCCUGCACUCCUACCAGUUCUAUGCCAUUAUAUGAUCGUUUGAAGCUUGCGAGUUGGCUUCCACCAGAACUUUGCAGCAUAUAUAUGAAAAAAGGCAUAUCAAAACUAUAUCCUUGGCAGGUUGAAUGUCUGCUUGUUGAAGGGGUCUUGGAAAGAAGAAAUCUUGUUUAUUGUGCAUCUACUAGUGCUGGUAAAAGUUUUGUAGCUGAAAUUCUGAUGUUGAGAAGAAUUAUAUCAACUGGAAAGAUGGCAUUGCUUGUCCUGCCUUAUGUAUCAAUCUGUGCUGAAAAGGCUGAACACUUAGAACUACUUUUGGAGCCACUGGGUAAGAAUGUACGGAGUUUUUUUGGAAAUCAGGGAGGAGGUUCACUUCCUAAAGAUACUUCUGUAGCUGUAUGUACCAUAGAGAAGGCAAAUUCUUUAAUUAACAGGUUGUUAGAAGAAGGUCGUCUGUCUGAACUUGGAAUCAUUGUGAUAGAUGAAUUACAUAUGGUCGGUGACCAACAUAGAGGGUAUCUUUUAGAGUUAAUAUUGACUAAGCUUCGCUAUGCCGCCGGUGAAGGAACCUCAGAAGCAUCUAGUGGUGAAAGUUCAGGUUCUAGUAGCGGAAAGCCUGAUCCAGCUCGCGGCUUGCAGAUUGUUGGCAUGAGUGCUACUAUGCCAAAUGUUGCAGCUGUAGCUGAUUGGCUGCAAGCAGCACUAUAUGAGACAGAUUUUCGGCCUGUUCCCCUUGAGGAAUACAUAAAAGUUGGGAACACCAUCUUUGACAAAAGAAUGAAUGUUGUCCGGACGAUACUGAAAACUGCUGAUCUUGGGGGUAAAGAUCCAGAUCACAUUGUAGAACUAUGUAAUGAGGUUGUUCAACAAGGUCACUCGGUGCUUUUAUUUUGUUCCAGUCGGAAAGGAUGCGAGAUGACUGCAAGACAUGUCUCCAGGUUUCUAAAGAAAUUCUCAGUUGGAAUGAGUGGAGCCGACUCCGAGUUUAGUGAUGCUUCCUCUACUAUUGAGGCCUUGCGUAGGUGUCCAGCUGGAUUGGACCCUAUAUUAGCAGAAACACUUCCUUUGGGUGUAGCCUAUCAUCAUGCUGGUCUUACGGUUGAAGAGAGGGAAAUUGUUGAAACAUGCUACCGUAAAGGACUUGUACGUGUUUUGACAGCAACUUCUACCUUGGCUGCCGGAGUUAACUUGCCAGCUAGAAGAGUCAUAUUUAGACAACCUAGGGUUGGUCGUGAUUUUAUUGACGGAACUCGAUAUAGACAGAUGGCUGGUCGGGCAGGUCGAACUGGCAUAGACACAAAAGGAGAAAGUAUACUUAUAUGUAAGCCUGAUGAGGUCAAAAGGAUUUCUGGUAUUCUUAAUAGUAGCUGUCCGCCAUUGCAAUCUUGCCUUUCUGAAGAUAAAAAUGGCAUGACUCAUGCGAUAAUGGAGGUUGUUGCUGGCGGGAUUGUGCAAACAGCAAGUGACAUUCAUCGAUAUGUUAGAUGUACUCUUCUAAACUCUACUAAGCCAUUUCAAGAUGUUGUCAAAUCAGCUCAAGAUUCACUUCGUUGGUUGUGCCACAAAAAGUUUCUCGAGUGGAAUGAGGAUACUAAAUUGUACAGUACAACUCCUCUUGGACGAGCAGCUUUUGGCAGUUCGCUCACUCCUGAAGAAUCACUUGUCGUGCUAGAUGAUCUUUCAAGGGCAAGAGAAGGCUUCGUCUUAGCAUCUGAUUUGCAUUUAGUUUUUCUUGUGACGCCAAUUAAUGUUGAGGUUGAACCAGAUUGGGAAUUAUAUUAUGAGAGGUUUGUGGAACUCUCUGCCAUUGAGCAGUCAGUGGGCAAUCGCGUGGGAGUUGUGGAGCCCUUCUUGAUGCGGAUGGCCCAUGGUGCACCCAUACCUGUUCAAAUGAGGCAACAAAGUAAGAAGAGUGGGAUGCAUGAAAAGUCAAAAACACGGAAUGAUACCGGAAAGAUGGGGACAGGUUUCAAUGAGCAAACCAUUCGAGUGUCAAAACGAUUUUAUGUUGCGCUGAUGUUAUCAAGACUUGUUCAAGAGGUCCCAGUUGCUGAUGUUUGUGAGUCAUUUAAAGUUGCUAGAGGCAUGAUUCAGGCCUUACAAGAAAAUGCUGGCAGGUUUGCCUUGAUGGUUUCCGUAUUCUGUGAGAGACUUGGUUGGCAUGAUUUAGAAGGUCUUAUUUCCAAGUUCCAGAAUCGGGUCUCUUUUGGAGUUAGGGCAGAGAUUGCUGAACUUACUACGAUUCCCUAUGUUAAGGGCUCACGUGCAAGGGCUCUUUAUAAGGGUGGUCUCCGCAGUCCUCUUGCUAUUGCUGAAGCAUCUGUUUCUGAGAUUGCAAAGGCACUUUUUGAAAUUUCGUCGUGGUCUGGUCAAGAUGGUCCUUCUCUGCGACGAAUGCAAUUGGGUGUAGCCAAGAAGAUAAAAAAUGGGGCCCGCAAAAUCGUGCUUGACCAAGCAGAAGAAGCUAGAAUUGCUGCAUUCGCUGCUUUCAAGUCACUCGGCGUUCAUGUUCCUCAAUUUUCACGUCCUAUACUCCCUACAGUUGCUGAGGACUCUCGCACCAGAGUUAAUACAGUUUCUUAUAAUGAAGAAGAAACUUCUAAUAGCCCUCAACCCAUUAAUAGCUUUAAGGAAAAAGAUACAAAUUCUAAGUGUGAUUAUACUUCUGAAGAGCCAUGUGAAAAAAGGUUAACCAGAGAGGGAAACCUGACAUUGGAAACUUCUAGAGAAGUGAUAUCUUCUGAAGCAUUACAAUGCAAUAAUGAUACAGAAGGAAAGAUUGAGGGGGAGAAUUUAUGCACUUUCCAUGACCAAAAUACAACCGAGAAAGGUCCCAUCAAUGCAUGCAAUUUUCCAGGUGGAUUUGAUUCCUUCUUGGAUCAAUGGUAUGGUGUGAGUGAGUUUUCUUUUGAUGUUCAUUUCUUAAAACAUUCAGAUACACGAUCUUUGGUCCAGUUUGAAGUUAUUGGCUUGGCUAUCUGUUGGAAGAAUUCUCCGGUCUUUUAUUGUAGCCUCCCAAAGGAUCUUCUUUCCACAAACAAGCUCAGUAUGUGUGAUAUAUGGGAGGUUGCUAAAAGUAGGUGGAAUAUGAUAGGUAAAAUAAUGCAACAGAAUGGUGUUAAGAAAACAACGUGGAACUUGAAGACUCAGAUUCAGGCUCUUAAAGCUCCCUGCAUUUCUAUUCAAAGGUUUGGAAGGCUUGGUCUGGACCAUAAGAACUUGGACGACAUUAAAGUUAUUAACAGUUCGUAUAUCCAAUUACCAUCUAUUGUUGUCCAUGGCGGAAUUGACAUAUGCUUGGUGUCAUGGGUCCUUUGGCCUGAUGAGGAAAGCAAAAUAACACCGAAUAUUGACAAGGUAGUCAAGAAAAGGCUAUCCAGUGAGGCUGCAGCUGCGGCUAAUCGGGAUGGUAGGUGGAGAAAUCAAAUGCAUAAAGCCGCACACAAUGGUUGCUGCCGCCGAGUUGCACAGACACGAGCACUGAGUUCUGUUCUAGGGAAAUUACUUGUUUCUGAGAACCUCGGUGAAGUGAUUUCUAAUAUUGAGACUCCAUUGGUUAAUGUGCUUGCGGACAUGGAGCUUUGGGGUAUUGGUGUUGAUAUGGAAGCAUGUCUACACGCAAGGAAUAUUGUAAUAAAAAAGCUUAAGGAGCUUGAGAAGGAAGCUCACACAUUAGCUGGCACGCCAUUUUCACUACACACAACAGCGGACGUUGCUAAUGUUCUUUACAAACAAUUAAAACUGCCGAUACCACAGGGUUGUGAGCAAGGAAAGCUUCAUCCUAGCACAGACAAGCAUUCCUUAGAUCUGUUAAGAGGUCAACAUCCUAUAGUUGCGGUGAUUAAAGAACACAGAACACUCGCAAAGCUCUUAAAUUGCACUUUGGGAUCAAUUUCCUCACGUGCUCGUUUAUGUGUGAAAUCCCAAAAGUAUAUAAUACGAGGCCAUUGGCUUCAGACCUCAACUGCUACAGGUCGCCUUUCAAUGGAGGAGCCCAACCUUCAGUGUGUGGAACAUGCAAUAGCUUUCACUAUUAAUCAUACCGACAAAGACAGCUCAAGCUCGUUGGAUGCUGAUCAUCAUCGAAUAAAUGCACGAGAUUUCUUCAUUCCGACCCAAGACAACUGGUUGUUGAUAACAGCUGAUUACUCUCAGAUAGAACUACGUUUAAUGGCUCACUUCUCUAAAGACUCUGCCUUGAUUGAACUUCUAAGUAAGCCAGAUGGUGAUGUUUUUACCAUGAUAGCGGCAAGAUGGACUAAUAAAGUGGAGUCUGUGAUCAGCUCUAAGGAGAGAGAGAACACAAAAAGGUUGAUUUAUGGCAUCCUCUAUGGGAUGGGUGCCAAUUCCCUUGCAGAACAGCUGAAUUGCAGCUCAGAGGAGGCUGCAGAAAAAAUUAAGAGCUUCAAAGCUUCAUUCCCUGGUGUUUCCUCUUGGCUUCACGAAGCUGUCGCAUCUUGUCGCAAGAAAGGAUACGUGGAAACCUUGAUGGGCCGAAAACGUUUCCUAUCAAAAAUUAAGUUUGGAAAUAGGAAAGAAAAGGCCAAAGCUCAGAGACAGGCUGUUAAUUCUAUUUGCCAGGGCUCUGCUGCUGACUUAAUCAAGAUCGCUAUGAUUAAUAUUCACUCCUUUAUAGUUGGUGGAAGUCAGAUGGUUAAUUUGAAUAAUGACCUGGCAGGAAAAUUUUCUCAAGUUAGAGGCUGUUGCCGUAUUAGUUUGCAGGUACAUGAUGAACUAGUGCUAGAAGCUGAUCCAUGUGUUGUAGCCGAGGCUGGAAAGUUGCUACAAAUGAGCAUGGAGGGUGCUGCUUCACUUUUAGUUCCUUUGCGAGUCAAAUUGAAGGUUGGGAAAACAUGGGGUUCUCUUGAGCCAUUGCAGCCAGUGUUAUGAAAUAGUAAGCGGUCAUGAAAUCUACCUGGUUUGCAGGUUUUGAGAAAUGCUCCAAGUCAAGCAAGCUCCAGGGGGCUAUCGAUACGUUUAUAUUUAAGAUGGAUGUAGUGCGUAAAAUCAACUUAUGUUGUCCAGGGGCAUCCGAGUCCAUGCAAAGAGAGAUUGGCCCAAAGUUCCAAAUAACGAGAAAGAAAAUAGUGGAUUGUUUUUGCAGAAACCAAUCCUUUUCUGAUUUGAGUUCAUCUUAUGAAGAUUUAUCAUAAGCCAAAAAGUGAAUUAUUGAAAUGCCUUCCCAAUGCCGUUGCGUUUCAAUAAAGAACAUAUUUGCCAGCCGGUUGCAGUUGUAAACAUAGUUUUGGAGAUCGGAGCAAAGCAAUCUGUAGAUGUACUGGUUCUUGCAGAAGAGUUGCAAGGAUUAAGUUGGACAGUGGAAGAGUAAAGAGAUACGUUCAGUUUCAUUGAGUUCAAGAAUUCAGGAUCUUCGACCAUCAUUCUGUAAACUAUUGCAGCAAGGAAGCUAACCAGCUUCUUAGUUAUUGAUAUGUGAAAGAUAGAUCUGACAGGAAAUGGCCUAAGAAUGCAUGUGCAUUGAGAUAUGGAGGGCACUUCAGUUUGACAAGCGAAGUAAUGCAUGGAGAUUUAACCUUUGGAUUUUAAUGUGGAGAUUUAGCUCAUUAAACGUGCCAAGUGUGGACUGAACCCAUGAAUUCAUACCACUAGGAGUUGCCUCUCAUAUUGUGUUCCUUAAAAGAUUGAUCAGAUAGGAAAUGACACAUGAAUAUACUUUUAACAUGGUAAUCUUUGAAGCUGGAUUGAAGCAUGACAUCGGGUUCAAUAUUUAGAAGCAAGCAUUUUGCUUGCAUAUGUACAGGGAGAUGGUUGCGGCAUAUUUGAAGUUUGCGACAUGAAAAUCACUCUUGCAAAAGUUUGGAGAGUUUAUGCGUAGUGCUUAUUUUUCCUGAAUUCUGAAGUUGCUUCUCUACUCUUAGAAGCAGUGGCAUGGUGCUUGACAUUAAAAUGCAGAAGCUUUUGCAGCCGGAUUUGAAAUUGCUUCUGAUCUACAGAAGCAGCUCCAAUUUAAAGCUUCUAACUCACUGCUUUGUUUUUUCAAAGAAGAUGUUGUUUCUAUCUGGUGAGCCACAUCAUAAGCUGAGCAAGACAAGAAUAAAUAAAUCUGACGUUGUUUCUAUCUGGUGAGCAACAUCAUAAGCUGAGCAAGACAAGAAUAAAUAAAUCCAUCUGCUGGUGUAUCUAUUCCAACAACAGCUCUGCAUAAAGGCCCAGCCAAACAACCUGUACCCUUCCUGUUCCAUCAAAAGCUGUACAUGGAAUGAAACUAUUAUAUCAAAAUAUUUGAAUUCAUACCUUGAAAAGGAACAUUUUAAAUAAGCUGUUUGAGUUAUUGUUGGAUGCGAAUAACCUCAUUGUACUUACCAUGUAGCAGAUUGGAGUUUAGGUUAUAUUUUUAUUUUAAAUUUUUUAACUUAACAACUUACUGAGUCAUGCUUAGAUUGGAACAGGAGGCACCUAAGUAUUUUGUUUCUUUUAGCUUAAUAUUGCGUCUCCUGAGUUGUCGACAUGAAAGGAGUUUGUAACUUUAUCUUUGCGUUUUCGUGAGGAAAUAAUUGUAACCACCUUUGUUACCCAUAAUUGUAAUUGAUAUUCUAAGCAAAUAGAAUAAGAGCUCAUGAAUUUCCUUGCCUAAA